GCCCCACUCCUUAGAGACAAACAGAGACACAGACGGAGACAGACAGGAGAAGAGGAAUAAGGUAGAAGUUUUGAGUGUAGCUUGUGUGAGUUUCGUCGCCAUGACCGCCAGUCCUAACGAUUAUCAACCACCACAAUUUCAAACACAGGCAGAAGAUUCUUAAGCUUCUUAAAGCUCCUUCUGAAAUGGACGCCUUCGAUAAGGAAAUGUCAUCCUCUGUUGUCGAGGCGAAUGAUGCAGUCACUGGUCACAUCAUUUCCACCACCAUUGGAGGCAAAAAUGGUGAACCCAAACAGACUAUCAGCUACAUGGCAGAGCGUGUUGUAGGGAGUGGAUCAUUCGGAAUUGUUUUUCAGGCAAAAUGCUUAGAAACUGGGGAGACGGUGGCCAUAAAGAAGGUCUUGCAGGACAAACGGUACAAAAAUCGUGAGCUGCAGUUAAUGCGCUUGAUGGAUCACCCAAAUGUGGUUUCUCUGAAGCAUUGUUUCUUCUCUACGACAAGUAAAGACGAACUUUUUCUGAAUUUAGUUAUGGAAUACGUUCCUGAGACUAUAUACCGGGUUCUAAAGCAUUACAGCAGCAUGAACCAGAGGAUGCCCCUCAUCUAUGUUAAACUUUAUACAUAUCAAAUCUUUAGGGGGCUGGCAUAUAUCCAUACUGUUCCUGGUGUUUGCCAUAGGGAUGUGAAGCCUCAGAAUCUUUUGGUCGAUCCUCUCACCCACCGGGUUAAGCUUUGCGAUUUCGGAAGUGCUAAAGUUCUCGUCAAGGGUGAAGCAAAUAUAUCGUACAUAUGCUCUCGUUAUUAUCGGGCUCCUGAACUGAUAUUUGGUGCAACAGAAUACACAACAUCAAUAGAUAUUUGGUCAGCUGGUUGUGUCCUUGCUGAGCUUCUUGUGGGUCAGCCUUUGUUUCCUGGAGAAAAUGCAGUCGACCAACUUGUUGAAAUUAUCAAGGUUCUUGGUACUCCAACUCGAGAAGAAAUUCGUUGCAUGAAUCCAGAUUAUACAGAUUCUAGGUUCCCUCAAAUUAAAGCGCAUCCUUGGCACAAGGUUUUCCACAAACGAAUGCCUCCUGAAGCAAUUGACCUUGCUUCACGGCUUCUUCAAUAUUCACCAAGCCUUCGGUGCACCGCGUUAGAAGCAUGUGCGCACCCUUUCUUUGAUGAGUUACGUGAGCCCAAUGCCUGUCUUCCAAAUGGCCCCAUUGCCCCUCUUUUCAACUUUAAGCAGGAACUAAAAGGAGUGUCACCGGAGCUGAUCAAUAGGCUCAUACCAGAGCAUGUGCGGCGGCAGACUGAUCUCGGCUUCCCACAUCCAGCCGGUAUGUAAAUUUAAAGACGUGAUGCAUCGAGGAAUCAACUAUAGUAGGUUGUUAGCGAAGAUGGCGAACUGGGGAGGGCCCUUUGUUGUGGUUUAUGUAUACUAUGUCAUUUUAGGGAAAGAAAAGAGAGUAUUUUCUUGCUUAUAUAUAUAUGUACAUUGUUUUGAUCCUAAAGAUUUCAAAAUUAGGAGAAUAAAAAGUGAUGAUAUUCAUGUCUAGCCAGAGGUACGAUCUGCAUAUGCCUAGCAGAAGCUUAAGAGGCUCAUUAUCAGUCUGGCUUGCUUAUUCUUUUUUAAAAAAAUGAAUCAUGUUUUUUCUAUAGACGCUUGUGGCAGUAGGUGGCCAACUGAAUUUCUGAAUCAAAUGUUACCGUUUAUUAGUCUU